UGUGACGAGCGCGGCGGGGUUAAAGUUGGCGGCGGGGCGGCUCUUCCUGUUUCACAGCUGCUUCCAACAUGGCGGCGGCGGCAGCGGCCGAGCCCGAGCCCGAGCCUGAGCCUGAGUGGCUCGUUACCCGCGACGGCUGCCUGAGCUGCGAGGAAGGGCUGCGGAGCCUGGCCUACCACCCGUCCCUCAACGCGAUCCUCGCCGUCACCAGCUGCUCCACCGUCAAAGUCAUCGAUGGCACCUCGGGCGCCGUGCUGCAGGUGUCCCGGUUAAAUGCCAAACCAGGCGGUCAGGUGCGGUGUCAGUACUUUCCAGCGGUGGAUAAAGUUGUCUUUGUGGAUGACUAUGCAGUUGGCUGUAGAAAAGACUUGAAUGGCAUCUUGCUACUUGAUACAGCACUGCAGACCCCUGUCUCAAAACAGGACGAUGUCGUUCAGCUUGAAUUGCCAGUUACAGAGGCCCAGCAAUUGCUUUCUGCUUGUCUCGAAAAGGUAGAAGUUUCGUAUAUAGAAGGAUAUGAUCAGUUUAUCACACAGUUGAAAGAUGGGCUGCAAAAUACCUCGCAUGAGACGGCAGCGAAUCACAAAGUAGCAAAGUGGGCAACAGUCACUUUUCAUCUUCCUCAUCAUACUCUGAAGUCAGUUGCUAAUGCCAUUGUAAAUGAAUUGAAAAAGACCAAUCAUAAUAUUUCUGCCCUGUCUGUAGCCUCAUCUGUAAUGGAUAGGCUAUCCUACCUCUUGCCGUGUGCACGGCCUGAACUUGGUGUGGGUCCUGGUCGCUCAGUAGACAGGUCACUAAUGUAUAGUGAGGCUAACAGACGAGAAACCUUCACCUCCUGGCCACACGUAGGAUACAGAUGGGCUCAACCUGAUCCAAUGGCUCAGGCAGGAUUCUAUCACCAACCAGCCUCUUCUGGGGAUGACCGGGCAAUGUGCUUUACGUGUAGUGUUUGCUUGGUAUGCUGGGAGCCCACAGAUGAACCUUGGUCUGAGCAUGAGCGACAUUCUCCUAAUUGUCCUUUCGUAAAAGGAGAACACACACAAAAUGUGCCACUAUCCAUAACGUUGGCAACAAGUCCAGCACAGUUUCCCAGCAUAGAUGUCCCUGACCGAAUAGCAUGUGUUGGCUUUGGAAGCUUUCCUAAUUUCCUGGCCGCUUCAACAAGACGCGGCAAGAUCUGUGUAUGGGACGUUUCUAAAAUAAUGAAGGUUCAUUUGAAAUUUGACAUCAAUCCAUACGAUGCAGCAAUUAUGAGACUGAUUUCUCUGCCUGGAACGGAACAUGGGCCAGGUAGUGAAUCCCGCAGGCCGACUCUGGCGUGGUUAGAAGACUCUUCCAGUUGUUCUGAUAUACCAAAAUUAGAAGGGGACAGUGAUGAUCAGCUGGAAGAUUCUGAUAGUGAAGAACAUUCCAGAACAGAUUCAGCUACAGGGCAAACUUCUCAGAAGGAAUGCAGCAUGGACAUCAGUGUGGAUGUGACAGCACUGAGCAUUCUCCAGCAGCCUGAAAAGCUCCAGUGGGAAAUAGUAGCAAAUGUUCUUGAGGGUACUGUGAAGGAUCUGGAGGAACUGGGUGGCAACACAUCCAUGGUGAAGAAUAAAAGUGAAAAGGCUAAGGAGAAGCACGCCGAGCAGCACAACAUUCCAUUUCCAUGUUUAUUAGCAGGAGUUUUAUUAUCUUACAAAUCUGCAACUUCUUCGCCUAUUAGUACUCGCUCACGGAGGUCCAUAGACUCUCUAAGUAGAAUUCGAGAUGAAAGUGUAUCUGACCAAGUAUCUUUGGACAAUGAAUCCGGUAGUAAUUCUGAACUAAGUUCACCAAUAGUAAAAAGGACUUUGCCUCUGUUGUUGCUUUACAGCAUUAAAGAAUCAGAUGAAAAGGCAGGCAAGGUUUUUGCACAAAUGAACAGUUUGGUGAGUAAAGGUUUACACGACGAAGGUUUCACAGUUCCGCAAAUAAUAGAAAUGGAAUUAGACAGCCAGGAGCAGCUGUUGUUGCAGGACCCACCCAUGACGUACAUUCAACAGUUCGCUGAUGCAGCAUCUAAUCUUCCCUCUGCAGACUCUGACAAGUGGAGUACAGUCGUUCCCAAACCUGGUGCCCUCGUCCAUUGUCUACGGUUGCCAAAGUUUACCGAAGAGGAGAAUCUUCACAUUGAUUCUAUCACGCCCUGCGCUGACGGAAUUCACCUUUUGAUAGGGCUACGAAUUUGUCCUAUUCCAUCCCUGAGUGCAAUAAGUCAAGUAGAGGCCUUGAAUAAUUUAAAUAAAUUAAACUCUGCAUUGUGUAACCGAAGUAAAGGAGAUUUAGAAUCGAAUCUGACCAUUGGGAUUAAUGCGGAUGGUUUUCUACAGGAGGACUCGCCCACCAAUACACAAACUCCACUAAUAAUCCAGCCUGAGCAAAGGACUUUGAGUGGUGGUUAUCUUCUGCUUUACAAGAUGAAUUACAGCACACGUAUAGUAACUUUAGAAGAGCAACCUGUUAAAGUCCAACAUAUCAGGGAUCCACAGGAUGCAAUUACCUCACUAAUAUUACUUCCACCAGAUGUGUUGGAUAAUAAAGACGAUGAUUGUGAGGAAAUAAUCGAUGAAGCUGCAUUGACAUCAAGAAAUGGGAUUGUGAGAGAAAAGAAAGCUGAUGCUUCCAGUCUGGGCCAUUUAGUGGUUACUACUCAGAAAGGAUUUAUAAAAAUUUUAGAUCUCUCAACUUUUGAAACUUUAGUUAAAGUGGAACCACCUAGAAAAGAGAGCAGUAAUGAACUAGAUCCUUUUAUCUCAGUGGUGUACUGUUCUGGAACGGACAGACUUUGUGCUUGCACAUAUGGUGGGGAACUUCACUUCCUUCAGAUUGGAGGGACGUCUGAUGAUAUGGAUGAAACUGAUAUAUUUGUGGAUGGCAACCUUCCUAAAGGGUUAGACCAGUUGUCUGAAGGAAGUAGGCACACGUCCAACCCUUCCAGUCCUGGCAUUGCAGGAGUCGAUUUGUUGGUGGAUCGACCUUUCUCUGCGGAUGUCUUAACGUCAUUGGUAGAAUUGACCAGAUUUGAGACAUUGACCCCACGAUUUUCAGCGACAGUCCCUCCGUGCUGGGUGGAAGUUCAGCAGGAGCAACAGCAGAGGCGACAUCCACAACAUUUGCAUCAACAACACCAUGGCGAUGCUGCCCAGCACACUCGCACAUGGAAGCUGCAGUCAGACAGUACCAGUUGGGAAGAACAUGUUUUUGAAUUAGUUUUGCCCAAAGCUUGCAUGGUUGGACACGUAGACUUCAAGUUUGUCUUGAAUUCAAAUAUCACAAACAUUCCACAGAUUCAAGUUACUUUACUGAAAAACAAAGCUCCUGGAUUGGGUAAAGUCACUGAGGCAGCAGUUGACAAGCAGAUCUCAUUUCCUUUAUCGUCAAUGCCUCAUGUGCAGGUGGAGAGGAAUGGAAGAUCUUUUGUUGAUUUAAAUGAAGACUUGCAGUACACCAUGGAUGUAGACGAGUCUCAAGGUCCUAGGCUGUGUCAUUUUCUGGAGGAACACAAGGAAGAUAUAUUAUGUGGACCUGUGUGGUUGGCCAGUGGCCUGGAUCUUUCAGGGCACGCUGGAAUGUUAACACUAACUAGCCCUAAACUUAUCAAAGCAGGCAUGGCUGGUGGCAAAUAUCGGUCAUUUUUAGUUCACAUCAGGUCAGCUACUGAGAAGACAAAUGAAGAGAAGUCUAAUGGCAGUGGAGUAAGGCCGGUUAUGAGAAUGCAAGUGUCAAAGCCACAGAACAGCAAGAGUCACACUCUUGCUUCGUUACUUGCCAAAGUGACAGCAGGAAAGGAAAAAACGUUCACAUCAAAAACAACUGACUCUGCCAGUUCUUCUAAGAAACCUGACAAUCUCAAAGGUUGUGAUUUGCUGCAGGAAGUUUCUGUUACCAUCCGAAGAUUCAAGAAAACCUGCAACCCAAAAGAAAGGAUGCAACGGUGUGCCAUGUUGCAGUUCACUGACUUUCAUGAAAAACUGCUUAACACACUGUGCAAGAAAUCAGAUGAUGGUCCUGUCACUGAACAUGCUCAGAGCCUGGUAUUGGAUAUCCUCUGUUGGUUGGCAGGAGUUCAUGCAAAUGGAUUGAGCAGUUUCAGAGAUGGCAAAGAAAGUCUACACUUAAAAACCAAGAAACGACUAGCUGGCAUUGUGCGAGUUUGCUUCUUUGAGGCUGGUCGCAGCAUCGCUCACAAAUGUGCCCGGUUCCUUGCACUCUGUAUAAGUAAUGGGAAAGCAGACCCAAGCCAGUUAGGUUUUGGAGGAGCUCUCUUGAAAGCUUUACUUGAGAAUUUGCCGUACUUGCCCGCUGCAGCAACUGGUGGUUCGGUGUUUUGGUACUUUGUGCUACUGAACUAUGUCAAGGAUGAAGAUCUGGCCGGAUGCAGUACAGUUUGUGCAACCCUCCUCACCACCGUUUCCAAACAGUUGCAAGACCGGCUCACACCUCUUGAAGCUUUACUUCAAACUAGGUACGGGUUGUACAGCUCUCCAUUUGAUCCCGUUCUGUUCGAUUUAGAAAUGUGUGGUUCGUCCUGUAAAAAUGCUUGUAAUAGCAACGUUGGUGUACAAUCUGAUGAAAUAGAUCUUUCUGAUAUAUUAUCAGGGAAUGGAAAGAUGAGCAGUAGCGGUGCAGCAGAGGGCAGUUUCACAGCUCUAACUGGACUUUUAGAGGUGGAACCGCUCCAUUUCACUUGCAUUUCAACAAGUGAUGGCACAAGAGUGGAGAGAGAUGAUGCGAUGAGUGGCUUUGGCCUUACAGGAAUAGUGGGUGGGCUCACAACUGGUACUGUGGGAGAAGCUUCAACUGCACUCAGUUCAGCAGCUCAAGUUGCCCUUCAAUCCCUUUCCCAUGCUAUGGCUUCAGCAGAGCAACAAUUGCAGGUUCUACAGGAGAAACAACAGCAAUUGUUAAAACUUCAACAGCAGAAAGCCAAGCUGGAAGCCAAGUUGCAUCAGACUACGGCAGCGGCAGUGGCAGCAGCACCACCUGGAGUCGGACCUAUUCACAACUCGGUGCCUUCCAGUGCCUCCUCAGCACCUGGCUUUUUUAUACAUCCUGCUGAUGUCAUUCCUCCCACUCCAAAAACAACACCACUGUUCAUGACACCUCCACUAACACCACCCAAUGAGGCAGUCUCUGCAGCAAUAAGUGCAGAGCUAGCACAGCUCUUCCCUGGCUCAGUAGUUGAUCCUCAUCCAGUCACUGUGGCCAUUCAUUCAAAAAAUACCAACAAGUCCAAAACGAGUCCACUGGGUACUGGUCUAGCACUGGCAAUUUCUCAUGCUUCACAUCUGCUUCAGCCUCCACCACAUCAAUCAAUUAUCAUUGAACGCAUGCACUCAGGUGCAAGAAGGUUUGUGACACUGGACUUUGGGAGACCAAUACUCAUGACCGAUAUAUUGAUUCCAACCUGUGCAGACUUGGCGUCCUUAUCAAUUGAUAUUUGGACGCUGGGAGAGGAAGUGGAUGGACGACGCAUAGUGGUAGCUACAGAUAUUAGUACACACUCACUGAUUCUUCAUGAUUUAUUGCCACCGCCUGUUUGCAGGUUCAUGAAGAUUACAGUGAUUGGGCGUUAUGGCAGCACCAAUGCAAGAGCUAAGAUACCACUUGGGCUAUACUAUGGACACACCUACAUAUUGCCUUGGGAAAGUGAGAUCAAGUUAAUACAUGACCCUCUAAAAGGUGAAAAUGAUUCAGCGAGUCAGCCAGAAAUGGAACAGCAGUUAACGAUGAUGAUUGCUCUGCAAGAAGAUAUACAAUGCAGGUAUAACCUUGCUUGCCAUAGACUGGAAACACUACUGCAGAAUAUUGACCUUCCUCCACUAAACAGUGCCAACAAUGCUCAGUACUUCCUACGAAAACCAGACAAGGCUGUUGAGGAGGAUAGUAAAGUCUUCUCCGCCUAUCAGGACUGCAUUCAGCUGCAGCUUCAACUAAAUCUGGCUCAUCACGCUGUGCAGCGCCUCAGAGUGGCACUUGGAUCCAGCAGGAGGACACUGCCUGAGACAUACGACACAAAAGAAUUGAUUCAUAACUCUUCCACAGAGCAACUGCGCACCAUUAUCCGAUAUCUUCUGGAUACGUUACUGAGUCUUUUGCAUUCAUGCAGUGGUCAUGCUGUGCCAGCAGUUCUCCAAAGCACGUUUCAUGCACAGGCCUGUGAGGAGCUGUUUAAACACCUGUGCAUUAGUGGUACCCCAAAAAUACGUCUACAUGCUGGCCUGCUCCUUGUACAAUUGUGUGGUGGUGAGAGAUGGUGGGGACAGUUCCUCUCCAAUGUUUUACAAGAACUUUACAACUCUGAGCAACAUCUUAUUUUCCCACAAGACAGAGUUUUCAUGUUACUAUCCUGCUUUGGUCAACGGUCACUUGGCAAUAGUGGGGUCCUGGAAGGUUUACUGAAUCUUUUGGAUAACUUAUUGUCAUCUCUGCAGCCACGGGUAACAACUUACAGACACACAGACGGCGUAUUGGAUAUCCCAAUGGUCAGUUGGGUUGUGAUGCUAGUUUCUCGGCUGCUGGACUAUGUUGCAAGUGUUGAAGAUGAAGUGGCUGCAGCCAAAAAGCCGCUAAGCAGCAAAGACAGAGAACGGAUUUUGAUGGGAAACCAAUGGAGUUUCAUCAAUAACAAUCUUCAGUCGCAGUGUUCAGGCAGAUCUGCUAAAGGGAGCAGUAGUCUUGACAGACUAUAUUCGAGAAAAAUCCGAAAGCAGCUCAUACACCAUAAACAGCAACUCAAUUUAUUAAAAGCAAAACAAAAGGCGUUAGUUGAGCAAAUAGAAAAAGAGAAGAUCCAGAGCAGCAAAGGAUCCUCAUAUAAACUUUUGGUAGAACAGGCAAAACUAAAGCAAGCUACGUCAAAGCACUUUAAAGACCUUAUUCGUCUGCGCCGGACUGCAGAGUGGCCUCGAAAUCCCAUUGAUUCAGAAUCAUUCUCAACAAAAGAAUCCCCCGAAGUGGAGCCACUUCCAUUUACUUUGUCCCAUGAUCGGUGCAUUGCUGUGGUGCAGAAGCUUGCACUAUUUCUUCUAUCCAUGGACUUUACUUGUCAUGCAGAUCUUUUGCUCUUUGUCUGCAAGGUUCUGGCACGUAUUGCAAAUGCGACAAGGCCGACAAUUCAUCUUUGCGAAAUAGUUAAUGAUCAGCAACUUGAAAGACUUCUGCUUCUGCUGGUAGGAACAGACUUCAACAGGGGAGAUAUCUCCUGGGGUGGAGCAUGGGCACAAUAUUCCUUGACCUGCAUGAUUCAAGAUAUUUUGGCAGGUGAACUGUUGUCACCAGUUGUGGUGGACUGUAUGGAAGAAGGAGCAGUGGGUGAAGAUGUAGGUGUAUCCGUUACUGACUCUGAUGAUCCCCUGCCACAAUCAUCUGUCAUUCCACUUGUGGAAUCUAUAGAUGAACCUUUAACCCCAGAUAUUACAGGUGCUCCGUCUGCAUCAUCUUUGGAAAAAGAUAAAGACAAAGACUUUGACAUGCUACAAGACCUGAUGGAUGUUGAUAUUGGUCCCCUAGAUGUUGACUUUGAUGAAGAUCCCCUUGCUGCCAAAGUAUUCAAGCCUAUUAGCAGUACUUGGUAUGAUUAUUGGGGUACGGACUAUGGCACUUACAAUUACAAUCCUUAUAUUGGUGGCGUUGGAAUUCAGAUGCCAAAACCACCACCUGCUAGUGAGAAGAAUGGAUCUCAAAGUAUAUCUGUCUCCGUAUCACAAGCACUCGAUGCACGCCUGGAGGUUGGUCUGGAGCAACAAGCUGAGCUUAUGUUGAAGAUGAUGGCUACACUGGAAGCUGAUUCCAUUCUUCAGGCUCUUACUAACACAUCACCCACAGUAUCUCAGCCUCCUCCUGGAACUGAUGACUCCUUGUUGAGAGGAGUGCAUUCAUCUAGUCAGCUGAUUGUGCCACCACCAUCAAUUCCAAUGCUAAGUGCAUGCUUCAACAAGCUGUUCUCCAUGCUGCAAGUUCAUCAUGUUCAGUUGGAAUCAUUACUGCAGUUAUGGCUUACACUGAGCAUGAAUGCUUGUUCUGUUGGGAAUGAAGAUGCUGGAGCUGAUGCUUUUUUAUUUAAUGCAAGCAGAGUGCCAACAAUCCCAUUAAAUCAAGCUUCAAUAUCAAGCCUUUUAACCGUGUUGGCAUGGUACCCAAACACAUCUCUGCGGACGUGGUGUCUUGUAUUGCAUAGUCUGACUCUUAUGACAAAUAUGCAACUGAAUGUUGCUCCAUCUAAUAGCAUGGCGUUGCAGGAAAACACAGCACACGUGAUGGUGUCAGAUCCAAACAUGAUUCACGUUUUAGUGAGAUUCUUCUCAGGAUCCAGCCCUCAUGGCACUUGUCAACACAGUCCCCAGGUUGGACCAACAGCUACGCAAGCUAUGCAGGAGUUUCUCACUCGCCUCCAAGUGCACCUCUCCUCAAACAACCCUCAGAUUUUCAGUGAAUUCCUGUUAAAGCUCAUCCAUAUACUUUCAACUGAAAGGGGCCCAUUCCAAACGGGGCAAGGGCCAUUAGAUGCACAAGUAAAACUGCUGGAAUUUACCCUGGAACAAAACUUUGAGUCGGUUUCUGUCAGCUCAAUCUCUGCAGUCAUUGAAUCAGUGACAUUCCUGGUGCAUUAUUACAUCACCUGCUCUGACAAAGUUAUAUCUCGGAGUGGCUCCGACAGUUCAGUGGGUGCUCGAGCCUGUUUUGGUGGGUUGUUUGCAAAUAUCAUCCGCCCAGGUGAUGCAAAAGCAGUUUGUGGGGAGACUACACGGGAUCAGCUCAUGUUUGAUCUACUGAAGCUGGUGAAUAUUUUGGUUCAGCUGCCCCUUACAAGUAACCGAGAGUACAGUGCCAGAAUGGCAGUUGGCACCAGCACCUCGGAUAGUGUAUCUGAUGAAGAAAAGGUCUCCAGCGGUAAAGAUGGGAAUGCAAGCACCUCUUUUACACAAGCUGCAAUAACUUGCAUUGCCGACUUGGUAUUGGGAAAUCAACAAAUCAUGAGCCAAAUCCUUUCGGCAUUGGGUCAGUGCAACAGCAAUGCUAUGGCAAUGAUAAUAGGGGCAAGCGGAUUACAUCUUACCAAGCAUGAGAACUUCCACAGUGGAUUGGAUGCCAUUUCAGUUGGAGAUGGUCUUUUCAGCAUUCUGACCACUCUUAGCAAAAAAUCCACUUCAGUACAGGUCAUGCUGCAGCCAAUUCUCACAUACAUGGCAUGUGGGUACAUGGGAAGACAGGGUUCGCUUUCAACGUGCCAGUUAUCUGAGCCACUUCUGUGGUUUAUUUUGAGGGUAUUGGACUCCACUGAAGCACUGAAAGCAUUCCAUGAUAUGGGGGGAGUCCAACUCAUCUGCAAUAACAUGGUCACGAGUACACGAGCAAUUGUUAACACCGCAAGGAGCAUGGUAUCCACUAUAAUGAAGUUUCUUGAUUCUGGCCCUGGGAAAACGAUCGAUGGAAACGUGAAAGCACGAGUGUUGGCGUCAGAACCAGAUAACGCUGAGGGACUCCAUAACUUUGCCCCAUUGGGUACAAUAACGUCCAGCAGCCCAACAGCACAGCCAGCUGAAGUACUACUUCAAGCUACACCUCCUCAUCGUAGAGCUAGAUCUGCAGCAUGGUCAUAUAUUUUCCUCCCAGAAGAAGCAUGGUGUGACCUCACUAUUCAUCUUCCUGCUGCAGUGUUACUCAAAGAGAUACAUAUUCAGCCUCACCUUGCAUCUCUGGCCACAUGUCCUUCUUCAGUGUCAGUUGAGAUCAGUGCGGAUGGAGUGAACAUGUUGCCCCUUUCUACCCCCGUUAUUACCAGUGGACUAACUUACAUAAAAAUGCAGCUGGUCAAAGCUGAGGUGGCAUCAGCUGUCUGUCUCCGACUGCAUCGCCCACGAGAUGCCAGCACACUAGGCCUGUCCCAGAUUAAACUGUUGGGCCUCACAGCCUUUGGCAGCACUUCAUCUGCAACUGUGAAUAACCCUUUUCUCCCUUCUGAGGACCAAGUUUCCAAAACCAGCAUUGGAUGGAUGCGACUCCUUCAUCAUUGCUUAACCCACAUCAGUGAACUGGAGGCGAUGAUGGCCUGUGCAGCAGCUCCGACUGCUAACCUACUGCAGACCUGUGCCGCUCUCCUCAUGUCUCCGUAUUGCGGCAUGCAUUCACCAAAUAUUGAAGCUGUCUUGGUCAAGAUCGGCUUGCAGUCGACCAGGAUUGGUCUGAAGCUGAUUGACAUUCUUCUCAGGAAUUGUGCAGCUUCAGGCACUGACCCAACAGAUUUAAACAGUCCUUUGCUUUUUGGGCGACUAAAUGGUCUUUCUUCUGAUUCAACAAUUGACAUCUUGUAUCAGCUGGGAACAACUCAGGAUCCUGGUACUAAAGACAGGAUUCAGGCAUUGUUAAAAUGGGUUUAUGACUCUGCUGGAGUAGCUGCACUGAAGAGAAGUGGUCACGUUGCGGCUGUAAAUACUGAGAACAUAACGCGUGAAUAUGGCCUCCUUAUGCCAUCGCCAUCUCACCUGCACUGUGUCGCUGCUGUCUUGUGGCAUAGCUACGAGUUACCUGUCGAGUAUGAUCUUCCAGGUUUGCUAACCAGAGAUCUCUUUGAAUUGCUGUACAACUGGUCCAUGUCUCUUCCGUGUAAUAUGGUUCUGAAGAAAUCUGUCGACAGUUUGCUAUGUUCCAUGUGUCACAUCCAUCCCAGCUACUUUUCGUUGCUCAUGGGUUGGUUGGGCAUCAGUCUGCCUCCAAUACAAAUGCAGCACAGACUUUCAAUGACCGAUGACAGCAAGAAAGAGGACUUGGAUUCUGGUUUAACAGACGACUCGAAGAAUGCACAGGCACCAAUUGCACUAAAUGAAUCCCAACUGGUUACACUUGCAGCAGCAACACAGUCUCCAGAAGCUAUUAAACAGCUUUUGGAAUCUAGUUUACCUUCAAUGCUUGUGAAGAGCUUAAUCAGUUUCUGUUUCAGUCAUAUUUCUAGUCUGGACUGUGCAAUGCCUUCUGCAGAGUUUGCCACAGACACAAACAAAAGGCAUCAUUCCCAACAGCGUGCAAUGAGCAAAGUUCCCAUCACAGCUGAUCUGGUGGCUCCUGUUCUCCAUUUUCUAACUGAAGUAGGUAACAGCCACACCAUGAAGGACUGGUUAGGGGGGCCUGAAGUAAACCCCUUGUGGACGGCUCUGUUGUUUUUAUUGUGCCAUUCCAACAGCAACAGUAGUUCUGGAUACCACCACCAGAAUGGAUCUCAUCAUGUUGGUUCAAGGUAUCUUCCUUCAUCCUCUUCAACCACAGGAAUAGGAUUAACGACUCAACAAAGAACAGCAAUUGAAAAUUCAACAGUCGCAUUCUUCCUGCAGUGCAUUUCUUGUCAUCCACACAAUCAAAAAUUAAUGGCUCAGGUUCUGUGUGAACUAUUCCAGUCAACACCUCAGCGAUCAAAUAUCCCAACAUCUGGAAAUAUUUCUGGUUUUAUCAGGAGGCUUUUCUUGCAGCUGAUGCUUGAAGAUGAGAAAGUGACGGUGUUCCUACAUUCUCCUUGCCCUCUUUAUAAAGGUCGAAUUAAUGCUACUAGUCAUGUGAUCCAACAUCCCAUGUACGGAGCUGGACAUAAAUAUCGAACUCUUCAUUUGCCAAUUUCAACCACCUUAGCUGAAGUUUUGGACCGUGUAUCAGAUACACCAAGUAUAACUGCUAAAUUGAUCAGUGAGCAAAAAGAAGAAAAGGAGAAAAGGAACCAGGAGGAGAAGGACAAGUUGAAGAAUGAUAAUGGUUUCCAAGACAACUACAGCGUUGUUGUUGCUUCUGGUCUAAAGUCCCAGUCAAAAAGAGCUGUAUCUUCUACACCCCCACGACCACCAUCCAGGAGAGGAAGAGUAAUGACUGACAAGUUGGCAACCACUUCCUUAUCUACAGAAUCUGCCAACAAAGCAAUUAGUGUACCUGUAUUCCAUCUGUACCACCGACUUUUGCAAGGUCAACCACUGCCAGAAGAGGUGACGUUAGCUCAACUGUUAACGCUCUUGCAUGACCGCAAACUCCCUCAAGGCUACCAAUCAAUAGAUUUGACUGUCAAGCUGGGUUCUAAAGUCAUCUGUGACCAAGGAUUGUCAAAAACUGAUUCAUUUAAACGUCUUCGGACAGAGAAAGAGCUUGGAGAUGGGUUGACCACAUGCCCUGAAGAUGAAGUGUUGCAAUCUAGCGAUGACUGUUUAGAUGCUGUCCUAGAUGAAUCUUUGCUUGAAACUAAUCCAAUCCAGUCUCCGCUGCAAGUGUUUGCUGGUCUGGGUGGACUAGCGCUCAUUGCUGAAAGGCUGCCAAUGUUGUAUCCUGAUGUUAUCCAGCAAGUGAGUGCUCCGGUGGUAACAUCUACUUCACAAGAAAAGCCCAAGGACAAUGAGCAGUUUGAGUGGGUCACCAUCGAACAGUCUGGUGAAUUGGUUUAUGAAGCCCCCGAAACAAUAACUGCAGAGCCGCCCCCAAUCAAAUCAACUGUUCCUGCCAUGUCUCCCAUCCCAGCACAUUCUCUUGCAGCCUUUGGACUCUUCCUGCGUCUGCCAGGUUACGCAGAGGUGCUCCUCAAAGAAAGAAAGCACGCUCAGUGUUUGCUCCGAUUGGUGCUGGGAGUGACUGACGAUGGAGAAGGCAGUCACAUCCUACAGUCCCCAUCGGCAAAUGUUCUUCCAACACUUCCAUUCCAUGUUCUGCGCACUUUAUUCAGUACCACGCCAUUGACUACUGAUGAUGGCGUCCUCCUUAGACGAAUGGCUUUGGAGAUUGGAGCAAUUCAUCUAAUCCUUGCUUGUCUGUCUGCACUAAGCCACCAUGCUCCAAGAGUUCCCAAUGCAAACGUCAACCAGGCAGAGCCACAAGUUUCCAAUACACAAGCAAAUUCUUCCACUGAAGACCAACAAUUAUAUUGGGCCAAAGGAACAGGCUUUGGAACCGGUUCAACUGCAUCAGGCUGGGAUGUGGAGCAAGCACUAACCAAGCAGAGACUGGAAGAAGAGCAUGUGACCUGCCUUCUGCAGGUUCUCGCUAGUUACAUAAAUCCUAGAGGCAGCAAUUUACCUGGAGAUCUACACAAUGGUGAAAGUAGAGGACAAAACAGUAAUGCCCUUCCCUCUGUACUUGUGGAGCUGCUCAGCCAAUCCUGUCUUAUUCCUGCCAUGUCAUCCUAUCUGAGGAAUGACUCGGUGUUAGACAUGGCUCGGCACGUUCCUCUAUAUAGAGCUCUUCUGGAGUUGCUGCGUGCCAUUGCGUCGUGCACUUCCCUUGUGCCUCUCCUACUGCCUUUAUCUGGAGAUAACAGCGAGGAGGAUGAGGAGCAGUCUGAAACCCUGACCUCUGUUGGAACUUUACUCGCAAAAAUGAAAACUUGUGUGGACACUUACACCAACAGAUUAAGAUCAAAGAAAGAUAAAAGCAAGACAGGAACCAAGACUGAUGCAGCAGAGGCAGAAUCUGAGGGACUAACGCUACUAGUACCUGACAUUCAGCAAACUGCUGAGAUUGUACAGUUGGCAGCCACCAGCCUCCGACAAGCAGUACAUGAAAAGAAAAUAGCAGAAUCAACAAAUAAAGCAAUGAUGAGGUCGAGGCCCAUGGCAGUUACACGCUCUUUAGAGGAAAAAUAUGUAGCUACAAUGAAAAAGCUGCAGUUUGAUACUGCUGAGAUGGUCACAGAAGAUGAUGAUGGGAAAUUGGUGUUCAAAGUAAACUAUCAUUACAUGUCUCAGGUGAAAAAUGCUAGUGAUGCUAACAGCGCUGCCAGAGCCAGACGUCUUGCCCAGGAAGCUGUCACACUCUCGACGUCUCUGCCUCUUUCCUCUUCAUCCAGUGUAUUUGUGCGCUGUGAUGAGGAGAGAUUGGAUAUCAUGAAGGUUUUGAUCACGGGCCCAUCGGACACUCCGUAUGCAAAUGGUUGCUUUGAGUUUGAUGUAUAUUUUCCCCAAGAUUACCCAAAUUCCCCUCCACUUGUCAACCUGGAGACCACAGGAGGACACAGUGUACGAUUUAACCCAAACCUUUACAAUGAUGGGAAGGUUUGUUUAAGUAUUCUUAACACAUGGCAUGGAAGACCAGAGGAAAAGUGGAAUCCUCAAACAUCUAGUUUUUUGCAAGUAUUGGUGUCAAUUCAAUCUUUGAUACUGGUGGCAGAGCCCUAUUUCAAUGAACCUGGCUACGAGAGGUCAAGGGGAACACCCAGUGGCACUCAGAGUUCGAGGGAAUAUGAUGGAAAUAUAAGGCAAGCAACUGUAAAGUGGGCCAUGCUGGAGCAAAUUAGAAAUCCUUCACCCUGCUUUAAAGAGGUUAUACACAAACAUUACUACUUGAAGAGAGUUGAAGUAAUGGCCCAGUGUGAAGAGUGGAUUGCUGACAUUCAACAGUACAGCAGUGACAAGCGGGUUGGCAGGACAAUGUCACAUCAUGCAGCUGCCUUGAAGCGUCACACUGCACAAUUACGUGAAGAGUUGUUGAAGCUUCCCUGCCCAGAGGGCCUGGAGCCAGAGAAAGCGGUGGAGAAGGGGGAAGAGGCUGCAAGUGGUGAAAUCAAAUCCAUAUCAGAGGGUGAAGAAAUAGCCAGCAGUAGCAGAGAUCACCCCCCCAAUGAUGUCCAACUAUGAUCUGCAUUGUGGACUCGAUAGACUCAAAAGGCUUUGAAGCACAAGCCAAACUUUGUCAAUAUUUGUAUGUAAGAAGCUAAUUAUGUAAUAGGUAAUAAAAUUGAACUAUGCUAUGCCCUUGAAGGUAAACCUGUUUAAAUCAAUAUGAUCUUUUAUUUACCUGUAAAAGAGUGUAAACAUUUUUGUGCUUUUAUUUUUCAAUUGUGACAUAACCACUACAUGGUAUGUUUGAAAAGUAUGUUCAUGUGUACACUGAUGAUAAAUUGAUCAAUCACUGAUAUAAGGGAAAUACGUUCGAAUGGUUACUGAAAGUUCAUUUCAGUUGACCACUCGAGGACAGUUGUAACCAGGAAUAUAUUGUCAUCCUUAUAGAUACUUUGCUUAUUUAAAAAACAGAUGUUAGGUUUGAUAGCCCACCAUCUCUCUCCCCCUUCUCCCACCCCUUGGAUAAAACAUUUGGCCAUAUUCAUUGCUCAUAUUCAAUUUCUACAAACUUCUGUAACUUCAAUAAAAGAUAAAUGAACAUUCUAUUCAGCUAUGAUUGAUUACUGGUGCGUUAACAGUACUGUUAAUUACUGAAUUCAUGAAUGUUUUUACGAUGAGUCUUAAAUGCAUUUUUAAUAAAUAUAACUUUCUUUGGUUCACAUGAA